AUGUAUUUGCUUUUUGAUGUGCUCUUGCUGAUCCUUCUCGUUUACACAGGUUCCUCUAUCCCCUUUUCCUCCGCCACACCGUUCAGCUCAGUCAGCCGCUGCCGUCAGAUCACUCUGGGAGCAUACCCUGACGUGGUGGAGGAAAUUCAUGACUUGGAGACAGGCCUGAGGACUAGAGCCCGCCUCGAAAAAGCGCAAGAACGCACGGGGAUCAGCUGUGCCUGUACAAGAGCAGUGGCGGAACACGCGUGGCAUCUGUCCCAGGCCCGGAGAGGCCGACACGAGCAGCGCAACUUUGACCCAUAUCAGCCUGGCGACACCUACAAGCGAGAAUUAUAUUGCAUCAUGGAAUUCUCUCGGAGACAUGGUCACUACUUCAGAGCCCCGGACGAAUCGGUCAUCUACACCGACCACAAGCCCCUGACCUGGUUUCUGGACUCAUCAACCCACGAGGGUGUGUACUCGCGUUAG